GUUCUUGAAAGAAUCCCGGGAUUCACAAAUUACCUUUUUGUUAAGGUCAAGCGGAUAUAUCAAAUUGAGUCUCAAAAUGAAACUUAUCUGUGGCAUUCUGUUUAUGUUUGCUUUGUCUGUAAAAGGAACAAAUAUAGUUAAAUUAAAAAGUCAAGAAUAUGGACAUAUGUCUCAAUCUAAUUGGAAUAGUCUAAUAAAUUGUGAUUUUGAUGAUUCUAAAAUGGAAUUUUGUUACUGGCAAGGUGAUCCAAGAAACGACAAAGCACACUGGAUUCAUGAAAAUAUGACUUCAGAUUCACAUAAUGGAAUAAUCUGUCUACAACCUAGAAAUCUACAUACUUAUCGUCUUCGCAAGAUAUAUGGCACUCAGCAGAAUUUUCUAACAGCACGCUUAUGGAGUGAAACAAUCGAACCUGUUAGUAAUUUCAAUGAAAACAGUGAUUACUUGGAACAUUUUUCGAACAGUCUUCAAAAUAGUGCACGUUGUCUUCAGUUUCAGUAUAGAAUUCAAUUGCACGAUUCAAAUGCUGUCGACUUAUCCACCAGAAACUCAGUUGACAGUGGACUUAUAAAUCUAAGCGUUCUCAAACAUUCCACUGGGUGAGGAAUUUCAGGAAUGUUCACAACAACUUAGUCGAC